CGGCGGUGCUUGUGAUAUUGAUAUAAAAGAGUAAAACCCUUCGGCCAUAGGUGCCACGGUGGGGGCUGGAAGUGCGAGCAUGGAUUCCGCAAUAGCCCAGAAAAGAUGGGAAUUAGAGAACAACAUCCUGACAGUGGAUACGCCAGACCCUUCAUCGGACUCGAUUUUCUACUACGACGACGCCGCUCAAGCCAAGUUCCAACAAGAGAAGCCUUGGGCGAAUGAUCCCCACUACUUCAAGCGCGUUAAGAUCUCUGCGCUCGCUCUACUCAAGAUGGUUGUCCACGCCCGAUCUGGUGGCACCAUCGAGGUCAUGGGCCUGAUGCAAGGCAAGACCGACGGCGACACCAUCAUUGUCAUGGACGCCUUUGCUUUGCCUGUUGAAGGGACGGAGACUAGGGUUAAUGCUCAGGCUGAUGCCUAUGAGUAUAUGGUCGAUUAUUCCCAGACCAACAAGCAGGCUGGACGGUUGGAGAAUGUUGUUGGAUGGUACCACUCUCAUCCCGGGUAUGGAUGCUGGCUGUCUGGUAUUGAUGUUUCAACCCAAAUGCUCAACCAGCAGUUUCAGGAGCCCUUCCUGGCAGUUGUUAUUGAUCCUACAAGGACUGUUUCUGCUGGAAAAGUUGAGAUUGGAGCUUUCAGGACAUACCCUGAAGGAUAUAAGCCUCCUGAUGAUCCUAUCUCUGAGUAUCAGACCAUUCCUCUGAAUAAGAUUGAAGACUUUGGUGUGCACUGUAAACAGUAUUAUGCAUUGGAUAUCACUUAUUUCAAGUCCUCUCUUGAUUGCCACCUCUUGGAUCUGUUAUGGAACAAGUAUUGGGUAAAUACCCUUUCUUCUUCACCUCUCUUGGGCAGUGGAGAUUAUGUUGCAGGACAAAUUUCAGAUUUAGCUGAAAAGCUGGAGCAAGCAGAGAAUCAAUUGGCUCACUCUCGCAUUGGCCCACUAGGACCCCCUCGAAAGAAGGAGGAAGAAUCGCAGCUUGCUAAGAUUACUAGAGAUAGUGCAAAGAUAACUGUGGAGCAAGUCGAUGGUUUAAUGUCACAGGUUAUCAAAGACAUCCUUUUCAACUCUGUACGACAGUCAAACAGGUGUCGAAAUGACCAUUCUGGUCCUGAGCCUAUGGUUGAAGCCUGAUCCUAACAUGGUGGCUUUGUCAGAAUGCAGCAACAGAUGAAAUGCUUACCUUGCUGAUGUUUUUCCUUUACCUUGAGAGACCAGUUUUUACAAGAAAAAACAACAUGAUCCCAGACUGCAUAGUUUUUGUUCCCUUUCGAAACGCUGAUGUAAAUCCUUUGGCACAGUCCAUAUUGAUUUGUUUGGAACUUUAAGCUUUGCCUAAUUCCUCUUCAUUUAUGCCUGUCAAAAUCUUAGUAUGGAAUCAAAUAACAGUAGCUAGCUUAAA